CAAAGGCCAAGAUUCAGCGUCGGCCACAUGUGUUUGUGCUGUUUGUGGUUCAGCGUUCGUAGUAAAGGAGGAUUUUAAAAUGUACCGUGUUCUCUUAAUCUGCAAGGAUACGACAAAAUUUCUGGAGAGAUAAAAAUUGUCGGAAGUAAAAAUUAGCGGACAAUACAAUUUGACGAAGUGCGCGUAUUUUUUUCGCUCGAUAUAAAAUCAUCUCCGCGGUACAAGGUGCUGUCUGCUAGCCAGGGCUUGCAGCUAAAGUCGGAAAAGGAUAUACAAUACCGUUGAGGGACAUUCAAAUAUCACGGCCAACACGAGCUCUUCUUAAUUUACAGCUUUCGCGGCGACGAACGUUCGAUCGUCCGACUAUCUCAUGGUGAUAUCAGACCGUGAGUUUCACCCUUGAAAAUUGACCAGUGCAUCGAUAUUUGCCAAGUCAGCGCCGCGUGCUAGCCGGAGAGCAACCGCGAGUCCCGCAUGCGGCCAGCCACGCGCUCGUUCUCUCGCCUGCGUUAAACAUGGACUGAGUGCGGCGCAUAUCCGAUAAUUGGCUGAAUAAACUCGUCUCUGAAUCCGACCCGCUGAAAUUCCUCGUCGAUCUCAAUUCACCGUAAGUGACCAGAUGUCUCAUAUUUAAUGGUUGAAUGAAUUGUGGAGCGGAAAGUAUCGUCCGCCUCGUGUUUUUAUAUCGCCGAGUGAUCCAAUAUGGCGGCAAAGGUGGCUCCGAGCAUGCAAGGCGGCAGCGGCGGGGCGAGAGAGACGAACGAGGGCCAAGGCAUCUCUUACGCCAGUGUACUCAACCCAAAAAACAACGACAACAAUAAGGAGAACAUAAACGAUGCGCCCCGGGCCGCUGGGAAAGACCGGAUGUCCGCCGAACCCUCAUCGGCGGUCGUCCAACGCGGUAAAUCGUACCAGAAAUCGACGAGGAGAUACAGUUCGCACUACGGUAGGUCGGAGAGGAAUUUUCAGAACCCGUCCUCCAGGUCGAAUCAGAACGCAGUCGAGGUUGCUUCGGAGGCGGAGGAAGCCAAGCCUCUGAACAAUGGGGAGGCGGAGAGCGACAGCGAGUUUCAAACCGUCGCUCCAAAGAGCGCUCGCAGAAAAGAAAAACACAGGGAGCAUCGAGAGCACCAUGAUCAUAGAGAUCGGUAUCAUCACAGAGAGAGGUAUCAUUCCAGGACUCAGCACAGCGACGCUGUCGACGAGCGAGGACACAAGGAGAGAGGCGAGCGGAACGAAAAGAGCGCCACCGAACACUCUCUCGCCAAAGAUGUCCCCAAAGAUAAAGACGAUGCUGGUACUGAGCCAGAAACUGAUACAGAGCCGGUCAAGUACGUCGAGGCUCCUAUACCGGUUGUCAAUCCGUGGAUGAAGAGCAAAGGCAGCGGCGGCAAUCGACCUCAGCCAUCCUUACCUCAGGCUGCAAUUGUCUCUGCUCCGGUUCCUACAGAAAAGCCGGUCGAGAAGCCGGUGGUUGCGGAGAGAGAAAAAAGGGUCCUUCAGCCGCAGCAGCAGAGAGGAAAAAUUGAAAAUGGUUCUUCAACCGGUGUGCAGCCAACAAUUGUCAAAGCGCCAAAAGACAGAAGAAAAAUCAAUCAAAAGGCCAGUGAUUUUACCGAUAUUGGAGACUGGCCAUCUCUCGGGGCUCAAGGAGAGAAGAAGCCCACAAUAGCAACCCAAAAACAAAACGGCGUCAUCGAACCAAACCAAACAAAGGACAACUAUGCUGGUCCAGCCAGCGAAGGCAAAGGCAAGGAAAACAAAGAACAAAAUCACUUCCAAGAUGAUAGCGACGAACACACGGACGGCAGUGAUAAAAAGAAAAAAGUCACAAAGCAGAAAUGGGUUCCCCUAGACAUAGAUUUGGCAAAGAACAGAGGGAAGCGAGAAAGAUCUCCGAAAACUCAUGGACCGCGUGAGAGAAAUGGAGAAGAGGAGGAAAAUUGGCGUGACAGAGAUUACGACAGAUCGAGGUAUAGCUAUAGAGGCGCACGAGGAGGCGGUAGUACUCGAUACAGAGGGAGAGGUGGUAGAGGCACUCGUGGUACUAGCCGCGGUGGUUUUAAGCCUAGGCAUGAUCCUGAAUAUCCAGACUAUCCUACGGACUACACGCAGGUGAAUAAGUUUGGCGGAUCUGAUGCCUCAUUUAUGAUGCCAUAUAUGGGUACUUUCUACUUCAACAAUUCGAGCUACAUCAAUUUGGAUAUGACAACGCUUAAAGAUUACAUUAAGAAACAAAUCGAGUACUACUUUAGCGAAGAAAAUCUGAUGAGGGAUUUCUUUCUACGUCGUAAAAUGGAUGCUGAAGGUUUUCUUCCUAUUACUCUUAUAGCUUCGUUCCAUCGAGUACAAGCGCUUACCACUGACGUAGCUUUGGUCGUCGAGGCUAUUAAAGAGUCUGACAAACUUGAACUCGUUAAUGGAUUCCAGGUUAGAACAAAGACUGAGCCUCUGAAAUGGCCGAUAUUAGAUGCAGCUGGAAAUCCCGUUUAUCCUCAGGCGCAUCAUCAUCAUCAGAUUCCUUCGCAACUGUCGUCGUCGCCUUCACAUCCCAGUUUCUUUCCCGUCGCCGAACCCUUGACUGCUAUUCCUCCACCACCAAUCCCUCUAAGCUUACGUGUACGCAAUAAUUCUAAUUCUGUACAUGGGAGACUUAGCGAAUCAGAUAGCGUAUCUUCUUCAAUAGGUGAUAGUCUGAACCCUGACGUACCAGAGUUUGUGCCCGUUAUAGUAAACAAGGGAAUUGAGUCCUUUAAUAAUGACAAAGAAAAUGUUCGAUCCAAGAAAGAAGAAGAACGUCGAAAACAGAGCAGCUCCUUACCAGAUACCGGUGUUAAACCUGUAAAAAUAUCAUCCAAUUCAGUGCGAUCGUCAACCUUUCAAGUAAACGGAGAUGAUCAGCCGUCCAUGGAUGACGUUUGGAGAGAAGUGAGAAGAAGAGUGAAACAACCACCAAAAGAUAAAUCUGAAGACAGAGGAAAAUUAGCAGAUAACAAAGAAGAAGAACGUGAAGAACUAGACUUUCAGUUUGACGAAGAAUUGGAUACACCUCCACCAACAGGCCGACACAAUGCAUUUUCCGAAUGGUCUGAGGAUGACGAUGAUUAUGAGCUUUCGGAUCGUGACAUUAACAAACUUUUGAUUGUAACACAGUCGAAUCCCCAGGCAAUCGCCAUUACGACAAGAAUUCCUAAACACGAAGGACAUGAUCGUACAGGUGAUUGGAUGACUCGUGUCAAGAUGUCGCAAGAUCUCGAGCAGGCUAUUAACGACGGACUCUAUUAUUAUGAAGAAGAUUUAUGGACUGAAGACAGACAAAGGAUUGGAUCUGUAUCUUCGACCGGAAGUUACAAAACUGUAAAUUUGAUUAGUCAAGAAGCUUUUGAAAAAAUGGCACCUAAAGCCCCAAGAAAAACCAACCCUGAAGUUCCGCCGCCGCCACCUACCACCAGUGAAGAUGAAAUGGAAGUUGCUCACUCGUUGCCCACACAGGUUCCAAAUACAUCUGAAGGACGUGGCAAGCGUGAACGAGGCGGUGAUAGAAGUCAAGGCAACGAUGUACAAAGAUCUGCUCAGACAAGCAGAGGCAGCAGAAGAGGUGGAGCAUCUCGUUUCUUUGCCGUAGUGAAAGACGAGGCAGCUGUGGAUCCUAGAACACCACGCAAACGUAAAACGCGUCACAGUAGUAAUCCUCCCGUCGAGCAUCACGUUGGUUGGAUUAUGGACGUCAGAGAACAUCGUCCUAGAACUUAUUCGACCGGAAGCAGCGCAGGCACAAGCCCAAGCGAAAGCUACUUGGCAAGCAGCUACGGCAGUGCACCGCAGUCUUUACCAACGUUCCAACAUCCAAGUCAUUCACUCCUCAAAGAAAAUGGUUUCACUCAACAAGUUUAUCACAAGUACCAUUCUCGAUGUUUGAAAGAACGCAAAAGAUUGGGAAUUGGGCAGUCUCAGGAAAUGAACACGCUAUUCCGUUUCUGGUCAUUCUUCCUCAGAGAGAACUUCAACCGCACCAUGUACGAAGAAUUUAAAUCCUUGGCUUUAGAAGAUGCUGCUGAAGGAUACCGCUACGGUUUGGAAUGUCUUUUCCGUUUUUACAGUUACGGUUUGGAAAGAAAGUUCAGGCCUCAACUUUACAAAGAUUUUCAAACCGAGACGAUACGAGAUUACGAAAUUGGCCAAUUAUAUGGAUUAGAAAAGUUUUGGGCAUUCAUGAAAUAUUAUAAGCAUGCUGAAAAACUCUACGUUGAAUCCAAACUACAGGAGUAUGUUUCAAAGUUCAAAAGUAUUGAGGAUUUCAGAGUAGUUGAGCCGCAAAUAAACGAGAUGCUCCAAGGAUUUAGUGGGAAUCUACGAAGCCAAGCUAUGAAAAGGAGAAACAGAAGCGUGUCUGAAAGCGCUGGUGGCGGAGAAGCAUCCCCUACUAGUCGAGUACGACGUUUAUCCGGUGGUUCGAGUACUGUGACACUUUCUACCAAUUCUAGUAAUACUAACAAUCACAAACGGUCAGAUUCCGUAAAUCUGUCGCAGUAUCGAAAUAGGGCAGAAUCUUUUGGUUCGGGUAGAUUGGGUCGUACCAAAAGACGAAACGAUUCUGCAUCUAACAGUCAACGUGAUCUCACCAAGCAGCAACAACCCAGGAGUCGACACAAUUCUGGCUCUUUUACUAGACCCCAAGAAGUAGCUAAAGAAUAAAACGUUUUACAACAAAACCCAUAUUAUACCAGUUUGAAUCGGAAUUACAAUUGGCAAAAAUUGACGGUGAUUAUUGUAUAACUCGUUUACGUACGUAGUAGGGAGUAUUCUGAGGUACUUUAUCUGAUAAAGUUUAUCUCGAUUUGAAAAUCGUUGUUUAGGUAGGUAUGACUUAUACUGCAUAACAUACCCUAUUAUUUUUAUUUAUCAUUUUGUCGAAAAGGUAAAAAAUGGUUUAUAAUUUUUAUCAAUAACGUGAGAUAAACAGUCCAUUGAUAUUUAUACAUUUUAUGUUUUGAUCCAGAUAUUCUGCCUUUAAACUUUUUAAUACAAUUAUUAACAAUUUUGGGCAACAAUAAUAAUGUUAUUACGAAAAAUAAUAGAUAUUUAAGGGGGAAAUA